AACAAUCUCCCCUUCUUGCACUUCCAUUUCAAGCCACCUCACAAACUUGCAGCUCAAAAAAUCAUUUGCCAUUCAAUUCAGUGCCCGCCCUCCAAAAAAAAAGAUUAAAAAAAAAAGUUCACUGAAGAUGAAGAUUAAUAGCGCUAGCAUGGGAAGCUCGAAGAGAAGGAUAUCAAGCAAAGGACUAGGUGCUGUCCUUAGAGAACAAAGGGCUAGGCUUUACAUAAUAAGGAGAUGUGUGGUCAUGUUAGUAUGCUGGCAUGAUUAACACUGUCAAUAACUCCUCCUAGCUAGCCAUAGUUUUGGUGGGGAUCUCUCUUUUUUUUUCUUGGUGGAGUGUAAAUAGCUGCGGCAGGGCUGACAUUCUUAUGUGAGAGUUCUUGACAAAUUUUCUUAUGGCUUGGCCUUAUGAGGCAUAGAUAAAUAUUAAUGUAUACAAGGGAUAGUAUGGAUCAAAGCUUUGGUAUAUCAUCUAACAAAUUAUUGCAAUUCUUGAUGUUGUUUCUCUAUUCUUUUUAGUUUAAUUUCUUAGUCUUGUACUAUUAUUUUUCCUCGUGGCAAUUAGCAUGUUCUUGAUCAGCUUUGCCUUAUAAGUUAGUACUGGUCUGGCUAA